AGUUGGGGCCUUUGUUUGGGGAGUGGUCGGCGACGGGUUCCUUGAUGGGGGGCUGAGGGCCACAGGAGUCUUGGGGGGCCCGCAAUCCUAAAGUGCGAAGAAACUUGCCCGAGACAAAUAUGGCGAUUUUUGCCAGAACCCAGUCACGUGACCACAGAUUGUGUUGUUGAGUUGGCGUUUGGAUGUAAUCAGUUUCUGCCGGGCGACGGAUCCUAUCUGGGGGCGAAUUGUGGGGCCAGCUUGGAUCCAUCGCUAAUAAAACGGGAUCCACGCGAAAAUGACGCUUCGGAAAGUGAAUAUAGUGAUCAUCCUCCUGGCGGCCGUGGUAUUCUUGCUCGUUCUGCACCGUAAUCUCCUGGGGCUCAGCGAUGUGUUGAAGAGGCAGAGUUCGGAUUCCGGUCCUGUGGGAUUUCAGCGGGUGGAUUUCUUACCGGAAGCCCCUGACAGCGGGGACGGCGAGGAGAUUCCCGUGGUUAUUACGGCAGUGGAGGAGCGCUUAGGAGGCGCCAUCUCAGCCAUAAACAGCAUUGCCAGUAACACAAAGUCCAAGGUGGUUUUCUACGUAGUAACGAUGAAUGAUACUAGAGAGCACCUGAGAUCUUGGCUGUCCGGCUCCGCACUGAAGACUGUAAAUUAUAACAUUUUGAGCUUUGAUCCCCGUGUUCUUGAUGGAAAAGUUCGAGUGGAUCCUGGUGCGGAUCCCGUGAAACCGUUAACUUUUGCAAGAUUUUACUUGCCUGAUCUGGUUCCUGGUGUAGAAAAGGCAAUCUACGUUGAUGAUGAUGUCAUUGUCCAAGAUGACAUUAAAGAACUUUUUAACACGCCGGUGAAGGCCGGCCACGCGGCUGCUUUCUCCGACGACUGUGAUUCUGUCACCUCUAAAUUUCUUGUUCGAGGUGCUGGCAAUCAGUACAAUUACAUCGGAUACCUAGACUACAAGAAGGACAGAAUCCGGAAGCUGGACAUGAAGGCGAGUACCUGCUCCUUCAACCCCGGCGUCUUUGUGGCCAAUUUAACAGAGUGGAAGAGACAAAACGUCACUCAGCAGCUGGAGAAAUGGAUGGAGUUAAAUAUGGCCGAGGAUUUGUACAGUAAGACCCUCGCCGGCAGCAUCACCGCCCCACCCCUGCUGAUCGUGUUUUACCAGCUCCACUCCAGCAUUGACCCGAUGUGGCACGUCAGACAUCUAGGUUCCAGUACAGGGAAGCGUUAUUCUCCACAGUUUGUGAAAGCAGCCAAGCUCCUUCAUUGGAACGGUCACUUCAAACCCUGGGGAAGAACAGCCUCCUACGGAGAGGUUUGGGAAAAGUGGUACGUGCCGGACCCCACGGGGAAAUUCACCCUGAUCCGGAGGCAUUCGGGCCACGAUGGAAACUGACGUGGUUCCUUUCAUCAUGAACAUUGAAAGCCACCCGUGUGAGGAUGGGGCUGAAGCCUCGUGCUGCCUGUCCCCCUAAACCAAACCUGUAUUGUCCACAAGCGCUAUGUAUCGGCUCAUAGCAAUACCAAGUGUAAAUAUUUUCUCAAGCAGGAUCAUGUGCCCCCCCCUUUUUUUUAUGAAUAUUGUUAAACUUAAGGAAAUGUAUAUUUUUUAUAUGGUCAGGCUAAUGUAUUCUGACUGAGAAAAGUAUAUGUUAUCAGGUUGGGGGCAGACUGGGCUCUCAUACUUGUUGCUCCAGCUACAGUGUGAUUAAAUAAACUGUUACAAGACUUUGUCCUAA